AUGACAGAGCAAGACAACUCCUAUCGCCCACGUUCUCCCGACCUUUCUACCUUCCAACCCGCGAUCCCCUCCCCCGUCUACCAAUUCGGAAACCCGCUCGCACAUCGCACAUCCUACGACGCCUCGCCCUUCUUCACCCCGCACUAUCAACAGCCGCCCGUCGCGUCCGCCAGAGCUUUGCAGCAAUACAUUCCCCCGUACCCCGACCACAGCUUUGACGCCGAUAUGGCUCGCCGAUCCUCCCGCUUGUCCCGCGCUGUUGAAGUCGCGCCUGCGCCUGCGCCUGAAAUGAAGUAUGAGGAGCCCAAAUACGAGGAGCCACUAUACCAGGAGCCAGUCAAGCCAGAACAACCCUCAGAGCCCGUAGAGCACCCGAAACUGGAUCCGGCGGCUGGAAUUGAGGUGAAAACCAAAUUUCCUGUGGCGCGCAUCAAGCGCAUUAUGCAGGCGGAUGAGGAUGUAGGCAAGGUUGCGCAAGUGACACCUAUUGCUGUCUCCAAAGCACUUGAACUUUUCAUGAUUUCACUGGUUACGAAAGCCGCUAAAGAAGCCAAAGAUCGGAACUCGAAACGUGUAACCGCGUCGCAUCUUAAGCAAGCCGUUGCGAAGGAUGAAGUAUUAGAUUUCCUGGCAGAUAUUAUUGCUAAGGUUCCAGAUCAACCGACGGGGCGCAAGCAUGAAGAUGACGGCAGCGAUCAGAAUGAGCAGCCAAAACGAAAGCGUGGCGGUCGUCGGCCAAAGGAUGAUAGUGAUUAGCUGCUCCUUCGUGGUCCUCUCUUUCUUUCUUUUAUGGUAUGUCGGUAGCGUUUCUUUGUUUUAGACCGGGAUGGAGCGCAUAUUCUUCGGCGUUGCGGUGGUGGGAUGGCGUGCAUCUUCGAUGUGAAUAGGGCUUUGAUCUUGGGUACUUUGAUAUCUCUUCAAGCCAUCAAUUUGGCUUUUUACCUG